AUGGUCAACCUAACCGACGUCCAGUCGUCUAAUGCGCAAAUCCCCACAGCCCUCCCACCAGGCCUCGUCGCAGUCUUCGUCGGUGCGACGAAUGGCAUCGGGGAGAUAUCUCUCAAGGAGUUCGCGCGACAUGCGCGCCAGCCCCGCGCCUACUUUGUCGGUCGUUCACAGGAAGCCGGCGACCGGAUUGCAGCCGAGUGUCACAAGUUGAACUCGGAGGGCCAGUUCGUGUUUAUCAAGGCAGAUGUCAGUCUGCUUAAAUCCGUCGACGAUGUCUGUCGCGAGAUUCAAAGCAAAGAGAAAACGAUCAACCUCCUGUUUUUGACCUGUGGGUCGGCGCUAGCACAUUUUGACACGAGUGAAGGCCUCCAUAUUUUCAUGGCACUGGCAUACUACGCCCGUACCCGCUUCAUCCUCAAUCUUCUGCCACUGCUCCGCCAGGCCCCUAACCUCCGACGGGUCGUCACUGUCCUGGCAGCCGGCCACGAGGGCCCGAUCUAUGCAGACGACUUCCAGAGUCGCAAUGUCCCUCUCCACGGCAUACGGGGACACAGCGUCUCCAUGACGGACCUGAUGCUCGAGCACAUCGCCGAGCAAGCCCCCGGAGUCAGCUUUGUACACGACUACCCAGGCGCCGUGAAAUCAGGCUUCGGUCGGGAAACCAACGGCUUGUUGAUGAAGGUCGCCGUCACGAUCUUCAAGAUUAUCGGCCCCCUGGUCUACAUCCCGACUCGGGAAUCUGGGGAAAGGCAUCUAUUCUUUGCGACUAGCGCGCGGUAUCCCCCGCGGUCGGGUGCCGGGGCGGAGGGCGUGGCUGUGGGGGGCGAUGUCGCUGUGUCUGGUGGGACAGAUGGGAAGAUUGGAAGUGGUGUUUACGCGGUCAAUUGGACUGGUGAGAGCGCUGGGCCGAAAUCCCUGAAGGUGUUGGUGAAAAUGCGCGAUGAGGGUAUGGUUCAGCGAUUGUGGGAGCACACGCUAACGGAGUUCAAGCGGGUCACGGGGUCAGAGAGCUUCAAUAGUUGA